AUGAUGAAUAUGAACAUGAUGAACGAUCCAGCAUUUGCUGGAAUGCUUCCAUUUGACACAAUGGGAUUAUAUGAGCCUCCAAAGCCUCGAUAUAUUUUUAAAAUGCCUCGAGUUGUUCCCGAUCAGAAGGAGAAGUUUGAGAGUGACGAUAUGUUUAGGAAGCUGAGUCGAGAUAGUGAAAUUCGUUACACAAGUCAUCGAGAUCGACCACACGAAGAACGUAAAAUUCGCUUUAUUAAUGGCUGUCGAGAUGGUCGAACAGAAAUCUCCUUCGCAGCCACUGGAAUCAACUUCCAACUCACCUUCAAUCCAAAUCCAAUGAUGUAUCAUCAUCAUCAUCAUCUGACGAACUUUGAAAGGGAAUUGGACUUUGAUAAAGAACACGGAAAAGUUCAUAUCAAGUCACAUUUCAUCAUGAACGGAGUUUGUGUGAGAUUUCGUGGAUGGUUGGAUCUUGAGCGACUCGACGGCAUUGGACGUCUCGAAUAUGACGAGCGACGUGGUGCACAUGAAGACGCAAUUCUCAAAGAACAACUCGAACGAUACAGUCAAAGACUGAAAGAUUUCGAGGACACGAAGCACAACAUAAAUGUCGGAAAUCAAAUCGCUUUCGUCGCUAGUGGCAUCAACAUCCAGCUUUUCUUCACUCCUUAUCAUCCUUAUCCGACAAAUUUCGAACGUGAAUUAGAUUUCGAUAAAGAACAUGGAAAAGUUCAUAUCAAGUCACAUUUCAUCAUGAACGGAGUUUGUGUGAGAUUUCGUGGAUGGUUGGAUCUUGAGCGACUCGACGGCAUUGGACGUCUCGAAUAUGACGAGCGACGUGGUGCACAUGAAGACGCAAUUCUCAAAGAACAACUCGAACGAUACAGUCAAAGACUGAAAGAUUUCGAGGACACGAAGCACAACAUAAAUGUCGGAAAUCGUGGAAGUUGGCGACAGUGA